AUGCACAGCUGUUUCCUUGUGCCUUGCACCCCUUUUCUUGCAGAGCUGCCUGCAAAGUCCCUGGACCUGGCUGCUAUUAACCUGACAGAGCUGGUGAAUGGGAUGCUGAGCACUGCACUCAGAGGUACCAAGAAACUCUUCUCUUUGCUGAGCAUCACCUCUUACAGCUCGUUUGCCUUCCACAAAGUGUCAGUCACCAUUUACAACAUCUCUAAUGCAAAAAAUAUCGACCCUGGCAAGUUCCCUAUGCACUACUGCUACUGUUUGAAUAAUGUGACAAAUGACUUGACAGAUUUUACAGCUCUACUUGUUGAUAUCAUUGGAAACUCCACCAGUUAUCUCACAGAAAUUUUCAAAUCCACUUCUAUUCUCUCAGUGCGUCAGAGCAAUGACUCUGAUUGUAUCUACAUCUGUGUGAUAGCAGGACAGACAGGGAAAAAUCUGUCUGAUUUUUUGGAAAUACUAGAUAAGACUCCUGUUAUUAAUUACACAUUUUCCAGUAACACAUCAUCUGACCUGGACCUAGAUUCAAUUUUCUCAAGUUUCGUGAAAUUGCAGGAAGACCCAAACAAGACACUGGAUUCAUCAGCAGAAUAUGUGUGGACAUUUAAAUCUACCAGGAUCCCUCUCACCCAGAAAGAAGGGGGAAUCCCCACCACGAAGUUCCCUCUGUGGCCAAAGACAGUUGGAGCCAAAGGAUCGUGGUUUCCAUCACCCCAUGUGGAUGCUCCCAGGCCCCAGGGCAUGGCCAGACCCCCUCUGAGCCCUGGGGGGAGCUUGGCCCCAUCACCAGCCCUGCAGCCCAGCCCCACUGACACAUCCAUGUUUUGGAUGCAGACAGUGUCUCCACAAGAAGCCAGCAAACUGAUGCAAACAGAGCCAGAUUUGCCUUCCACAGUACUGUCUCUGCCACCUUCCUACCGACCUGGUGUCACACUGAAACUUUACUCAGCUACCAGGUGCCCACAGGCGAUGCUCAGAGAGCCCCGUGUGACCUCACCUCCUGUCACCCUCAUGGUGCAGAAGAUCAGCCCCUGUGUGAUGGAGCUCUGUAGGUUCUUUCAACUGUGCCUCUGUGUAGGUCAGAGAAGAUAUUCCAGAAAGGAAGCCAUGAGAUACUGUGUUGAAUACUAUUCCUGGUUUGUGAAAAAUGCAAAUUAUGUCUGCGAAAGAGCCAAAAGAGUUGCUUACUCCCACAGUAAGUACAUUUUCACUUUAUAUCUCUAUAUCUCUACAUACUUUGUUAUGAAGAUAUAA